UCGGUUUUCGAAGGUAGAAAUUGACAGUGGUUUUUCUGCCGCUGUCACGCGCACGUGAUAUCGGUCUGCAGCGUAUUGCCGGCGUCACGCGUAUGUGAUAUUAGUUUAUUCGUUUCAUUAUGAAUAAUUGGAUUAGUGCGGUGUUUUUGUAUAUCAAGCAUGAAUCUAACCGAAUGAUUUCUGUGAGUCUAUUAAUUAUCGUGUUGUCGUAAUUGUUCGUUGUCAGUUUCCACGAGAAGCGGUGAUAGAUCAAUAUUCAUAUGCUACUAUGAUAUCUUAGAUAAGUAUAAUAUAAUAUUUAGAUUUCGACGGAUUAUAGGUUCUGAUAGAUAAAGGAAAAAUAGAUUUCCAAUAGAUCGUGGGUGAUUACGCAAUAAGGUUAUUUUAUUAAUUAAUCUCGUUACAGGUUGUUCUGUUUGUUGUGUUACUUUAUAUUAGCUUUUGCUUAUCAUUGUACGAAUUGUUCAGACAGUAGUAUACAAGUGCCUGCGCUUUAUUUAUUCUACUUAGUUGACAAUGAUAUUUAAGAAUGGUUUCUUGAAAGUUUCAAUGAUCUCGCGUAGGAGCAAAUUGAUUUCGAAGUAUGCUUUAAAUAUCUUUAAAUGUUCCUAUAGUCAAGAAAAGUCGCAGAAAAAUGUUACAUUUCUCAAGGAACAAUUGGACGAAGUUUUUAAGUUUAAAAGUAGCAACGUCAGUAAUUGGAUUAUUGAGAAUACAGCCCGUAGUCUGUGUACCGGAUACUACGAGAGCAAUAAGGAUGACAGGCAACAACUUUUACACAUGUUGGCGUCUAAAUAUGCUGUUCAACACAAUGAUGUAUAUAACAUAGCAAGGAAAUUGAUCGAUACAAAGCUUGAAGAGGAAAGACGAAUACUUACUUAUGAAAGAAACUUAAAAAAUAUUCUUGUACCAGAUUAUCAAUGGCUCUUUCUUGUCAUUGGGAGGCUUGAAAGCGGUGUAAAAUUUCUUGUUGAUUUAAGGACAGACAUUUUAGAGUUGAUGUCGGAAACCAAAGAUACAGAUGAAAAUAUUAAAGUACAACAGUUAAAUAUCUCGCUACGUGAUUUAUUAUUAUUAUGGUUUUCAGUCGGUUUUUUGCACGUAGAGAGAGUAACAUGGCAAAGCGGGUGCGAUAUAUUACAGAAGGUUUCAGAUUAUGAAGCGAUACAUCCCAUUAGAAAUUGGUUAGAUUUGAAACAAAGGGUUGGACCUUAUAGAAGAUGUUACAUAUUCACACAUCCGUCUAUGCCAAGAGAACCUCUUGUUGUACUACAUACAGCGUUAUGCGAUAUAAUACCUGGUUCUGUAAAAGGUAUUGAAGAAGCAAAAGCCAGAAUCAUUGGUUCAAUGAAAAAGGAUAUCACGUUCCUAGAUGAAGAUAAAUGUAAAAUAACAGCAGCAAUAUUUUAUUCAAUUGCUUCUACGCAAAAAGGAUUGCAAGGUAUUGAACUAGGUAAUUACCUAAUAAAAGAAGUAGCCAGCGAAAUAAUAUCCGAAUUUCCUAUGAUACGUGAAUUAUCGACUUUAUCGCCGAUACCCAGUUUCAGAAAUUGGCUACUCGAAAGAAUAAGGCAGGAUAUAAAUUGUAUUUUUACGAAUGAAGAACUGAGAUCUAUACAAAACGUUUUAAAAGAAAAUGAUCUAGCAUUAAGAUUAAAUAAAACGUUCAGUAACUCGUCGUGGACUAAUGAUAAAGAAUUAUCUGAUGCAUUAGAAAAGCCACUGAUUCGAGCAUGUGCUUGGUAUUUAUACAAGGAAAAACGUCGGAAUUAUGCCUUAAAUAAAGUUGCCAAUUUCCAUUUACGUAACGGAGCUGUUAUGUGGAGAAUAAAUUGGUUAGCUGAUCCUUCGCCACGUGGUGUAGCGAAUAGUUGUGGUAUCAUGGUCAAUUAUAGGUAUUACCUAAAUGAGACCGAAACGAAUAGUAGAAAUUAUAUUGAAAAUUAUUUCAUAAAUGCUUCUACAAGCGUAAUUGAUCUCGCGAUAGAACAAGAAAAAUUAUGUAAUACAUAUUCAAAUUAAGACAAAAAUAAUGAUUUUAUAUAUAUAUAUAUAUAUAUAUAUAUAUAUAAGGGGGCACAAUAUAAGAACCAUUAUAUUAAACAACAUUCCAAUUUAACAUUUUGAAGUGGUGUCGAACCGAGUAUUUGCUGCAAGUCUCAAUAUGAAACACAAUUAAACUAUCAAAAUCUAAUAAGGAUCUAAUAAAAAAAAGAGAUCAUCGUUAUAUAUGUAUCGAUUAGAAGUUACAAAAUAUUAAAAAAUUUCAAAUGAAAAUUAUAUAAAUAUGCCACUUAUAAAAAUAUGAAAUUUUCAGUUAUUAAUUGGCAAAAUUUCAUUUAGUCUUCCAACGUUUACUACUUUUUAUGUACAUUACAAAGAUAGUAGACAUCUUUAAUAAGAAUCUGAAUAUUUCAGAUCUAUGUUUAUCUUAUAUCAAAAUUAUAUAUACACAGACAGACCCUACUUUAUAUUACUACCGUCUACAUACAUCAGGCCUAUUUCCAUUUCUAUUGUAAUCACAAGCAGUUAAUUCAAGAUUCCUUUCUAUUACUCUUGAAAUUUUAUGUUUUUAUUAAAGAUUAUUACAUUUGUUCAUUUAUACAAUAGCUGUUUCCUGUCCAGCUUAAAGACAACACAAUGGUCUGCAAGCAGAUCUGAAACAAAUAUUUACGUUGUAUUAUUCUUGGAUUACAUAAAUAUCUUUUACUUAUA